CGUUUAACGCUCGGUUGAUGUGUUUUUGUUUUACGUAAUACUUAUCUCAUUUUAUUACGAAUCAUAUGUGAAAUUAGCAUAGUAAAUUACCAUUUAUAAACCAAGUCAAAUUGCUUUCAUAAAAUUUAUAAAAUCUAAAUUGCAACAUAUUAUUUGGAGUAGUAGGUACCUAACAAAAGUGAAUAUGAUGCACAAGCUCAGAGGAAAAUAUCGCACACCGAAUAAAGAGUAAACAUUCUCCAAAACAACUUUGAACUAUAUAUUAUUUUGGGAGAUAAAUUUUCUCAGAUACGGAUAACGUCAAGAUAACUCAGACAUUGACUGUUCAGAUAGUUCGUAAGAUACCUAUCCCGCGCUCAGUUUACUUAUCUCAUUCGAGAAAUCGACAGAUUUUUGUAAAGUGGUCAAAAUGAAAAUACCGUCAGUUAAAUUACCUAAUAUUUUCAAAUCAGUGAGGUAUAAUCUUGCUGCAGUUAAUGGAAUUUUUGUGUUAACCGGUGCACUCCUCCUGAUCGUUGGAGUAGUGGUCCUUGUGGAGAACAUACAAUACGAGGAUUUCCUCACAAACCGAUUCUACGCUGUACCAGCCUUCGCAACAGCUGCUGGCGUUUUGAUAUUGCUGAUAUCUGUUCUCGGAUUUUAUGCUGCGCUGUCGGAAAAGUUCUACAUUGUCGCCGUGUACCUGGCCGGAUUGAUAUUAAUAUUAAUAAUCGACAUCGCGCUCACGAUAGCCGCGUAUGCGCUGGUAAACGACGUCAACAGCGAGAUCAGAGCACCCAUGGCCAGCAGUUUACUGUUGUAUGACUCCAGGCUGGACAUUGCCAAGUUAUGGGACGAAUUACACACGGAGUUCGAAUGCUGCGGCGUGGUCGGCGUGAACGACUGGCAAUCCACCCGCAUACCCAUCAGCUGCUGCCACAUCGACUACGGGACCAUCUCUCCAUUCAACUGUACGGUGGCGCUCGCGUACAAUAAUGGUUGUAUUGUGGCUUUGGGAGAAUGGCUUAGCUACAACGUGUUUGUAUUGGCGGUUUCUGCGCUCGUCGUCACUAGUAUACAGAUAGUGCUGACUGCAAUCGCUUCGUGGCUCACGUGGCGGUCGAGGUUCGCAACUGUCGAGCUGGAGUCCUAAUUGUUCCUAGCCUAGUUCCUCUAG